UAUUUGAACUUCACCACAAUCCACCACUAUACUCAUUCAUUUUUCUCACAGCCUUUUUAAUACUUACACGAAAUUUCAUUCUCUAAUAUACUAUGAGGUGGGCAUAAUCCAUCUCUUCAAUCACAACUCCCCCAGCCUCGAACGUUUAUUUACUCCUAAAUAUUGACUAUUUGCGUUUGAUAGUUCCCCUUUGCGAAAUAACAUGUCGUCUGCCAACCGUGGUGUCGACAGCAGCCGAAUUCGUCGCAAGCGCUCCAGAGAACCAGAAGAUGAUGACCUUCCAGGCGGUGCUGCACCUUCUAGUCCACCUGGAGACUUCAGAUCUUCCCCACCAGCACCAAUUCGACACGGCGUCGAAGAUGAGGACGAUGACGAGAUAGAAGAUGAUGUUGAAAUAGCUCUCGAUAUUGAUGAUGCAGAUGAGAUGGCCGAAGAUGAGGAUGGAAUCGAUCUUUUCGCCGGAAACUACGAACGAGAUUACAAUUCCCGGGACGAUAGAAACUACGAAGGUGCGGAUAUUGAUGACGAGGGGGACUAUGAAGAGCUAGAUGCCGCCGCAAGAAGACAACUCGAAGCUAGAUUGAAUCGCCGAGACCGAGAACUUGCUAGACAGCGUCGCAUGCCAGCUGCUUUCUUGCAGGAUGAGGAUGAGGAUGGAGACCUAGAUUUAAUGAAUCAACCAAGACGCAGGCGUCAUCAUUAUGACGAAGAUGAAGAUGAAGAUAUGCAAGAGGAUAUUAUGGAAGAGGAAUUAUCCCUAGAGACUCUACAAGAUGUUAAGUCAUCGAGUUUGGUCGAGUGGAUUGCUACACCGUCUGUCCAAAGAACUAUCAGGAGAGAGUUCAAAGCUUUCCUUACCGAAUACACCGACGAUCAUGGAGUUUCUGUUUAUGGUAGCCGCAUUAAGACUCUCGGAGAGGUCAACGCAGAGUCGCUGGAAGUCUCUUACGACCAUUUGUCUGCCUCAAAAGCUAUUCUUGCCUAUUUCUUGGCCAACGCUCCAGGUGAAAUGCUUCAGUUGUUUGACGAAGUUGCUAUGGAGGUUACCCUUCUGCAUUAUAACGAUUACCAGCAAAUUCAUUCCGAAAUUCAUGUUCGUAUUACUGACUUACCUGUGCAUUAUACCCUACGCCAACUACGCCAAACACAUUUGAACUGCCUCGUUAGAGUCAGUGGUGUGGUUACUCGUCGAAGUGGUGUAUUUCCACAGCUAAAAUAUGUCAUGUUUGAUUGUUCCAAAUGUCAUACGAGACUCGGUCCUUUCCAACAGGAGUCUAAUGUUGAAGUUAAGAUUUCAUUCUGCGCGAAUUGUCAAUCUCGUGGUCCUUUCAACCUUAACUCUGAAAAGACUGUCUACCGCAAUUACCAGAAGUUGACUCUCCAAGAAUCACCGGGAACUGUGCCUGCCGGUCGUCUGCCCCGUCACCGUGAAGUUAUUCUUCUUUGGGAUCUAAUCGAUAAAGCUAAGCCUGGUGAAGAGAUUGAAGUGACAGGUGUUUACCGCAAUAACUACGAUGCUCAGUUAAAUAACCGAAAUGGUUUCCCUGUAUUUGCAACAAUCUUAGAGGCUAACAACGUUGUCAAAUCUCACGAUCAGCUUGCUGGUUUCAGACUCACGGAGGAAGAUGAACAUGAGAUUCGCGCUCUCUCGCGUGAUCCUCAAAUUGUCGACAAAAUUAUCAACUCGAUUGCACCAAGUAUUUACGGCCAUACUGAUAUCAAAACAGCUGUGGCUUUGUCACUUAUGGGUGGAGUCGCGAAAGUUGCUCGAGGAAAGCAUCAUAUUCGUGGUGAUAUCAAUGUACUCCUUCUAGGAGAUCCAGGAACAGCGAAAUCACAAGUUCUCAAGUAUGUCGAGAAGACUGCUCACAGAGCUGUGUUUGCCACAGGUCAAGGAGCUAGUGCUGUUGGUCUUACAGCAAGUGUACGCAAAGAUCCUCUUACUGGCGAGUGGACUUUGGAAGGUGGUGCUUUAGUCCUUGCAGACAGAGGCACAUGUCUUAUUGAUGAGUUCGAUAAAAUGAACGAUCAGGACAGAACAUCUAUUCAUGAAGCUAUGGAACAACAAACUAUCUCUAUUUCUAAAGCUGGUAUCGUCACAACACUUCAAGCUCGUUGUGGUAUCAUUGCUGCAGCAAAUCCAAUUGGUGGUCGCUAUAAUUCAACUAUCCCUUUCUCGCAAAAUGUCGAGCUCACUGAGCCAAUUUUGUCUCGUUUUGAUAUUCUUUGCGUUGUUCGUGAUACUGUGGAUCCGGCUGAAGAUGAACGACUCGCCAGAUUUGUUGUGGGGUCUCAUGGGCGUUCUCAUCCAGGAAGCCAGCCUACGGAUGAAAACCAAGCUUCUAUGGAAACAGAACAUGACGCUGAAAUGCGAGAUAGCGCUAUUAAUGGUGGCGAGCCCAAGCAAGAAGGUGAAAUCAAGCAAGAAUUACUUCGAAAGUAUAUUCUUUAUGCUAGAGAAAGAUGUAGUCCAAAGCUUUACAAUAUUGAUGAGGAGAAAGUGUCGAAACUUUUCGCAGAUAUGAGAAGAGAAUCAUUAGCAACCGGAGCAUAUCCUAUUACCGUAAGUAGAUACACUCCUCUUUCUCAAACCAGCUUUCUAACCCAUUCUCCAGGUUCGUCAUCUCGAAGCUAUCAUGCGUAUCAGUGAAGCGUUCUGUCGAAUGCGACUUUCCGAAUAUGUCUCCGCGCAAGAUGUUGAUCGAGCUAUUGCUGUCACGAUUGAUUCUUUCGUUGGUAGUCAGAAGGUCAGCUGCAAGAAAGCACUUGCUCGUGCUUUUGCAAAGUACACCCUUGCAAGACCUGGUGGUGGAAGGAGGAAUAGAAAUUCAGAGAGAGGCCAGAGGGCGGCCACUGCUGCUAUGGCUUGAUGCAGAUAUGAAUCAAUAUUAAGAAGGGGAGGGAUUCGGGAGCACUAUACUUUUACGGUUACGUAUUUGGCUAAAAAGGCCAGGUUGUUGUGCCUAGUCUGGCAGUGAUUCGAUGAUCAAUUUAGUUCGCAUGGAUGAGUUUGGCAAGGAGUUUCGGUAACUGUUUAGUUCAUGAUGUGCAGUCUGGUUAUGAUAUGAUGAACAUAAAUUUACAAUGUUUUACCACCAGCCCCUUCCUUA